AUGCCUGAUUUUUGUUGUGCUUAUGGUUGCAGCAAUAAAAGAACCAAAGGAUCCAGUCUUAGUUUUUAUUGGAUACCAUUUGGAACCAGCGAAGAAAGUUUAGCUCUGCGUCAGCUAUGGAUAGCUGCCAUCAGGAAGGAGAAAUGGACUGAGAAGCAAAUCGACAAUGGAAGAAUAUGCAGUGCUCAUUUAAUAAGUGGCCAACGCUCGCUGGACAAAAAUUCACCAGAUUAUGUGCCCUCUGUAUUUUGCUUUGCAAAUAAGAUCACGGAAACGAAAAGAAAAACGAAAUUUGAUUGGUCGUUUUUUGAAGCGCCAGAAGGUAACAGAGUCUUCCAUGAUGAUGGAGAUGAAGAGCCCAAUAUGGCAAUUGGAUUUGAAUCAAAUGUUGACAUACCUAAUGAAACUGAUGCAUGUUCUAUACCUGCCAUGAGCAAAGAUGUGUCAUCUCAAAGCAAAGUGGACAAAGAAGUUCAAACUGAAAAUCAGGCUUCAAGGCAUGUGAGAAAAUUGAAUCUGUACCUCAGGAUUAGUAGCAGUGAUAAGCUCAUAAACUUUUACACUGGUUUGCCAAAUACUGCUGUGUUUCAAUGGGUGCUUUCUCUAAUUGCCGUGAAAAAGAUUAACAAGUGCACCAAGAUCACAAAAGAGGAGCAUUUGCUGUUAAUUUUGGUGAAAUUAAAAUUGGGUCUUUUGAAUGCAGAUCUUGCAUUUCGUUUUGGUGUAGAACAGUCCAAUGUAAGCAGAAUUUACAACCACUGGAUUCCUGCACUCUCUGAGGCUAUGGAAUUUUUGUUGAUAUGGCCAGAAAGAGACCAAUUGAGAAAAAACAUGCCUAAGUGUUUCAAGAAUUAUAGAAAUUUUGUUGCAAUAAUUGACUGCACAGAAAUUUUUAUUGAAAGACCUUUCAACUUGCAAGCACGUGCACAAACUUGGUCUAAUUAUAAAAAUACAAACACUAUCAAGUAUUUGAUAGCUAUCACCCCUGCUGGAGCAGUGAGUUUUUUAUCGCAAGGAUGUAGAGGGCGAGUUUCCGACAAAGAAAUUACAAUGAGUUCAGGUUUUUUAAACUUCCUACAACAUGGGGAUUUAGUACUUGCUGACCGUGGAUUCACCAUCUCAGAAGAACUUGCAACUCGUGGAGCAACUUUAAAAAUUCCUGAGUUUACCAAGGGAAAGUCCCAAAUGUCUGCAAAAGAAGAAGAUGUCUGCAGGAAAUUAUCCAAUGUGAGGAUACACGUGGAAAGAGUGAUUGGGAGGCUAAGAAAAUUUAGAAUCUUGCAAUCAACAAUAUGUAAUGAAAAUCAUUUCAGCAUUAGUAAAUAUAAAUAA